CCUAUCUCUCUCUACUACCUCUCUAAUGGCGAUGGCGAUGGCGAUGGCGAAGGAGCCCUUGCUCCGACUCCGCGCCGCGGCGAACGAAGCCCUAGCCGAGUACGAGCCCGUCGCGCUCGUCCUCGCCCCUCUCCUCGCGCUCCUCCUCGCCCGCGCCCUCCACUCCGCCCUCGCCGUGCUCCACGAGAAGGGGAUCCAGGGCGCCGUGCUAGGGUUUCUCAUGAGCUCCGCGAAGUUGAUUCCCGGAGUGAGCGGCUACAUCGAAUCGGAGAAGAGGAAGGUUGUUGACAAGUUGCAGUCAGGAAGCAAGUCUCAAAGAGAGAACUGGAGAACCGAGUUACCGAUUGUUGGGCUUAGUGAAGGAGCAAUUCAGGAACUUAAAGAAGCAAAAGCUAAAGAUGUGGUUUGGCAAGGCAAAUGCUCUGGUACAGUAUAUAUUGCUGGAAAUGAGUCUGAUGGCCAUUUUGCGCUGAUAAACGAGGCAUAUUCAAUGUUUUCACACACCAAUCCGCUACACCAGGAUGUGUUCCAGAGUGUGGCACGUUUUGAGGCGGAGGUGGUUGCGAUGACAGCUGCUCUUCUUGGCAGCAAGGAAAAGACAUCUGGAGGGCAAAUUUGUGGCAACAUGACAUCAGGAGGGACAGAAAGCAUACUAUUGGCUGUUAAAACAUCUCGUGACUAUAUGAGGUCGAAGAAGGGAAUUACUAAACCAGAAAUGAUAAUACCUGAAUCAGCACAUUCUGCAUAUGACAAGGCUGCACAAUAUUACAACAUCAAGCUGUGGCGUGUACCCGUAAACAAGAACUUUGUUGCAGACGUUAAAGGAAUAAAGCAACGCAUCAACAGAAACACCAUACUGAUUGUUGGUUCUGCACCCGGAUUUCCACAUGGCAUUAUCGAUCCCAUAGAAGAGCUUGGAGAACUGGCGUCAUCUUAUGGUAUUUGCCUGCAUGUUGAUCUUUGCCUUGGUGGCUUCGUUUUGCCAUUUGCUCGUAAGCUUGGGUAUCCACUUCCACCUUUCGAUUUCUCUGUGAAAGGAGUUACAUCCAUUUCAACAGAUGUCCAUAAGUAUGGAUUAGCUCCUAAGGGCACGAGUAUAGUUCUUUACAGAAAUCAUGAAAUUAGAAAGCAUCAAUUUGUUGCCGUAACUGAGUGGUCAGGCGGGCUGUACGUUUCCCCUACGAUGGCAGGAAGCCGGCCUGGUGGAUUAAUCGCCGGGGCUUGGGCCGCUAUGAUGUCACUAGGCCUGAACGGAUACUUGGAAAAUACGAGACAGAUAAUGGAAGUAGCGAAGAAGAUACAGAAAGGGAUAGAGGAGAUUCCACAGUUGUUUAUCGUUGGAAAACCGCACAUGACUGUGAUAGCUUUCGGCUCGAAUGUCCUCGACAUCUUUGAGGUGAACGAUAUAAUGUCGUCGAAAGGGUGGCACCUGAGUGCUUUGCAGAGACCUAACAGCCUUCAUAUUUGCGUGACCCUUCAACACGUUACUGUUUUCGAAGACUUCCUCAACGAUCUAAAAGAUUCUGUUAAAAUUGUAAAAGAGAACCCCGGCCCGAUAGACGGAGGGAUGGCUCCGAUCUACGGUGCGGCAGGGAAGAUGCCGGACCGAGGAAUGGUGCGGGAUUUGUUGGUGGAAUUCAUGGAUGGCACUUGCUAGGUGAGCUAUUGAGCUCUACACAAACAUCAUACAACACCAUCUUUUAUUCUUCAUCUCUAUUUCUGUUAACCACAUUUACAAUAAAAACAUGUGCUGAAUAUCUCCAAGUGAUUUCUAUUUAUUCACUCCCUGUGUUAGCAUAUAACCGAAUGGGUAUAAAAUUGUAACAUGUUGUACAUGUUAAUCUGUGUAUUUUCAUUUCUACUCCUGUUGCCACAUUUACAAUAAACAUAUGCUGAAUAGCUUUUAGUGAUUUCUAUUUGUUUACUCCCGUGUUAGCAUAUAGUCAAAUGGGCAUAGAUUGUAACGUGUCGUACAUGAUGAUCUGUGUAUCUGCGCUGCUUGACUUGUUUAUACAAUGGUAAAUGCAAUUUCAUAUCCGUGCUGAUGAAUCCCA